GUUUUGUCGAUGAUCGAUAAAAUUUUCAAUUUCUCGAUUCCCAAAGAAAGAUAUCUGGGAAUUAGACAAGGAGUAGUAAUAUGAAAGAUGGAGGAUCAGGAAACGAAGCGGAUAACCAAAAAACCGUCAAGAUCGAUCAUCAUCAGUCUCAAAGAUAUUCCUCCUCUCGACCCUUCUUCUAUUCCCUCUAUGAAACCAAUGGCGCAAGAUCAUCAUAAUGUGGGAAUGCAGAGAUUCCAAGAGAAGACUGACUUCAAGUUUGAAGAAGAAGACAAUGCCAUUUCUUCCUUCUCUAACAUUCAAAUUGAUCCUAACAGCACAAGAAGCAUUUCACUAGAGAAGAAGCUUGCUCCUAAACCAGAUGAAGAACACACCACCACCACCAAACCCAUAUCUAAAGAUGAUGAAUCUAAGACUAGGAGAGGCUCAGCUAAAUCGGUGUUACACGAAAUGUGUGCUUCCAAGCGUUGGAGACCUCCUGUUUAUGAAUGCUGCAAUGUUGAUGGACCUUGCCAUUUGAGAUUGUAAGUAAACAUCUUCUAACCUGCACUUGCUUUUAUUUUUUGAGUCGCAAUCUUUUUUGCAUCAACUUGGUUUUUUGGUUCAGAUUUACAUACAAAGUUAUGGUUGAGAUUAGAGAUUCUUCAGGGAAAACUGUUUUGGAGUGUUUUGGGGAUCCCAGACGCAAAAAGAAAGCUGCUGCUGAGCAUGCAGCAGAAGGAGCGCUUUGGUAUCUUGAGCAUGUGAAGACAAAGCCGCAUCAGUAAAUCAUCAUUUAGUCGAUAUGAAGUAGCUGGAGAGUUUAGUAAAGCCAUCUAUAGUUAGUUCUAACGAGGGAAGCUUGAACCAUAUUAUACCUAUCUUUUAAUUCAUUAUAGCUCUAUGGGUUGUAACAGUUUUGAUCUGUAUCAGAACUUUUCUUUCAAACUUUGUGCCAUUAUAUUUCUCCUUAGUAAGGAGCCUUUAUCUUUAUCUUUAUGUUUAUGGAAUAGAAGAGCUCAAGUCAUCCAAGUUAGAGAAAGCUUUGGAGACUUUGUCUGGUUAGACUGAAGGAGGGAAUUCAGUUCAGUGAGAUUUGAAACACUGAUUUUUCUCAUUUGCAACUAAGAUUUGAGCAUUCUUUUUUUUUUUGGUUUUGUUGCAUUCUCUCUUGCGCGGACAGAGACUAG